CUUUUGUUUUACUUUUGUUUCUGUUUUUUUUUUUAGAUCAAAUAUGAAUCAUGAUAUUUCAUCAUUUUGGCUUAUUUGUGAUAAUCAAACCUGUCACUGUGACUGGAGAGUAACUAUAGUAGAUUGUAAAGAAAGAGAAACGAUGAUCUAUAUAUAUAUUAUAAACGCAGUCUGUUCUUUAAUUAAUUCGUUUUUAAGUAAUAUUCAUUAUACAACGAUCAUUGUAAUAAUAAUAAGCAAGAACUGACAUAUACUAAAGUUUCAGGGCUACUAUAUUAUAGGGUGAUGUGCAAAGGAUUUCCCAUUUUUGAUUUUGGAUCUCAGACUGAACAUAAGUAUAUAAUACGACCAAAACCAAUUGAAUCCCUGUUAUUUUUUGGUGCAAUAUUCAACAUUCUUAGAUGUAUAGAUGCUAUCUUGUUAGUUACAGAUGCAGCACCAAAUGCUAUAUUUAAAUCUCUCUUAUAUGAGCUUCCUUGGCAAUUUGGUAUUUGCGCUUUUGCAUGUUAUCUCUUUGGUAUCGCUCAUACAGUAUCCAAUAGUAGUAAAUUCAUUAAAAACAACUGGAUAAAAAUAACAUUCAAAACUGACGUUUUAUGUUCGAUCAUGAUCACAUUACCUUUUCUUACAAAUAAUGUGUGUGUAAUUGGAGCUUCCGUUUAUGCAGAAAGAGGCGAUAUGGCUAAAGCAAAAAUAUUUACAGAUAUACUUUAUUUUCUAUGGACAGCUUAUUGUUUUACAUUAGCCCUCUGUAUCUUAGUUGCUGGUCUUCGACUAAUUGCUAUACUAAAGCAUCAUUUAAAAAAUCAAGCAACUCUUGAUCCCGAUAAUAAUUCAAUUACAGGUAAAAUAAAAAAUGGGCUAUUUAAGGUUAGAAUGAUUAUGUCAAUCAGUAUCACUUCACUCUUAAUAUUUUCUUUUAUUAAAUGUAUGUAUGGUAUUCUGCGAGUUCCUUUAUUGAAGACGACAGGAUUAAACCUCGCUAUUGCAAUAAUAUGGACUUUUGAUGGUACAUUGGCCUCUAUUCUUGUUGCAGUAGUUGUCUUUAUCAACCCAAAGGCAUUGACAUCGUUAAAUAUAACAUCAAACAAUGAUUCCUCAACAAUAACUAAAUCAAAUCAUUAUAUAAAAGACGAUGAUGGGUAUUCUUUAAACGAUAUUAAAUAUGAUGAGAAAUACUAUCGCUCUUCUUUAUCAAUACAAAAAAUUGAACCUGCCUGUAUUUUACCAUCAUCCCAUUUUGAACAUUCUUCUAGCUCCAUAUCCGCUACACAACUUCUAUGACAUGAUUGUUGUACAAAGAAACGUGAUGAUUACCCUAAAAUGAGGUUUUGCCACUACUCAAAUUUAACCUUCUUCUUUCUCUCUCUUCAUUCUCUCUCUCCCCCUUUAUUAUUAUUAUUAUUAUUAUUCAUACUACAUGCAUAAUGUCAAGAUCUUUAAAUCCUUCAUCUUUUAAUCAAGAAGAAUUGGCAAAUGAAUGGGAAGAA